AUGGCUGAAGGAAGUGAAGUUAAUCAAGAAGGUCGUGCUAAAUGGCCGACUUGUCCCGAUGAUUAUGAACUUCAAGAAGUGAUUGGUCGAGGUGCUACAGCAAUCGUUCAAGCUGCAACAAUAAAAAAAACUAAUGAACGCGUUGCUGUAAAAAGAAUUAAUCUUGACCGAUGUAAUACAUCUCUCGAAGAUCUAUUAAAAGAAAUUCAAGUAAUGAGUCAAUGUCAACAUGACAACGUUGUACGAUUUUAUACAUCAUUUGUUGUCCAGGAAGAAUUAUGGUUAAUUAUGAAAUUAUUAGAUGGAGGCUCAUUACUUGAUGUAAUACGUUAUACUAUGCAACGAGGUAAUUGUCGUAAUGGCGUCUUUGAUGAAAUAGCUAUUGCGACUGUCUUACGUGAGGUUAUCAAAGGUAUAGAUUAUUUUCAUUCAAAUGGUCAUAUACAUAGGGAUAUUAAAGCUGGAAAUAUUUUAUUGGGUGCCGAUGGUAGUGUGAAAAUUGCUGAUUUUGGUGUUAGUGCUUUUAUUGCAUCUGGUGGUGAUAAUACACGAGAUAAGCAACGACAUACCUUUGUUGGUACACCAUGUUGGAUGGCACCAGAAGUAGUCGGACAGCAACCAACAGGAUACGAUACAAAAGCUGAUAUAUGGUCAUUUGGAAUAUUAGCUAUUGAAUUAGCUACUGGUACUGCUCCUUAUCAUAAAUAUCCUCCGAUGAAAAUUUUAAUAAUGAUUAUACAAAAUGAAUCUCCAACAUUAGAUAUGUGUGCAGAAGAUCCCGAUCAAUAUAAACAAUAUAGUAAAACAUUCAAUAAAAUGAUCGAACAAUGUUUACAAAAAAAUCCCACUGAUCGUCCAACAGCUAAACAAUUAUUAAAACAUGAUUUUUUCAAAAAAGCUAAAGAUCAUUCGUAUAUUGCAAAACAUUUAGUGCUGAAAUUUCAGGAACGAAAAGCAAUGGAAGAAAAACUUGCUAAUCGACGUAAAUUAACACACAUGCGUUCUAUACGUGUUAUUGAUGAUGAAGAAUGGACAUUUAGUAGUGGCUCCGAUGACGAUAGUUCAUCGGCAAACGAGGAUUCAACUAAUCCGAAGCUUCCACCAUUAGAAAACCCAACCGUUCAAAAUAUUGAAGAAUUAAUCGGAAAGCCCGAUGCCGUCGCAAAACCGAAUCCACCUGUAGACGAUUCAACAUCGCAACUGACUGUGCAAGAAAUGACAAGCGGAAUAAAAGAUCUAUCUAUUGAUAAUAAUCGAAUAUUUAAAUUUACGUUAAGAAUACGAAAUACUCAAGGUGAACUUAAUGACAUCAAAUUUGAAUUCAAUAAAUCCAAUGAAACUGUAAAAGAUGUUGUAUCUGAAAUGGUAUCAGCAAAUUUAAUUCAUAAACUCGAUGCCGAUCUGGUUACUUCGAUUAUGAGCCAAAUGGUCGAAAAUUCAACAGAUAUCUCAACUACAUUUGCUUUAAAAUCCCAUGUCGAUUCCAGUUCAACGCCUGACGAUAAACUUCUCAUCGGUUUUGCUCAACUUUCAUUAAAUAUUUAA